AUGGACUUGGCUGCUAGCCACAGCGCCGCCGAGAACCUCGACAGCUCCUCUAGAACGCAAUCGACUCCCUCUCCAACAAUUCCCGGUGACUUCGACCGCGACGAGGAAGACGAGAUAGACCAAGAACUCCAGGACGACUUCGACGAAGAACCAAUCCCUUCGACCGCCGAAGAACGCACUUCGUCCCCCGAGCUUCUAGGCCUCACUACUUCCGACUACGACACUUCGACUCCUGAACUUUUCGAACGAUCCAGUUCUUCGCCCGAACCCGAGGAUCCAUCCCAUCUACUUCGAAUCUCGUACUUCCGACUCCUCAUACCUACAUCCGACCUGGCACCUCCGCCACCAUUAGCACCUUCGAACGCAGCUUCGAACUCCAACCCCGCACCACCCGCUCCUACGAUUCCUUCGACUACUACCAUGUCCUCUUCGAGCCCAGCUUCUACUACCACUACAAACAUGAGUCAGAACAUGAACACACCAUUGAUGCCCCCGCGCGGUCAUUCGACGGCACCAAGCUUCGACCCGUCGGAAGUCCGUUCGCUUCGGCGUUACUUCCAGGACCUCGAAGCAUUGUUCACCCGGUGUCAGAUUACCGACGAAGCAGCCAAGAAACAGUGGGCUGUUCGGUACCCUUCAAUUGACGUUGCUGACUUAUGGGAAACCAUCGAGUCCUUCAUCGACGUAGCCAAGAGCUACAACGACUGGAAAGCCGACAUAUGA